AUGGAAAACAGUACUUUUGGGGGGCUUCUAAUCCUGGAGAGGUUAAAGGUCACCUCCCAGUCCUCCGUUCCUGCCUUCGUCCUCCUCCUCCUCGUCUACGUCUUCAUCUUGGUGUCCAACGUCGGCCUGGUGGUGCUGAUCUCCAGGAGCAGGAGCCUCCACCAGCCCAUGUACCUGCUCUUCUGCAACAUGAGCAUCAACGACGUCUUCGGGGCCUCGGUCGUGGUGCCUCACGUCCUCAGAGACCUCGCCGUCCCCGACUCGGAACGCCUCAUUCGUUACGGCGACUGCGUCCUUCAGGCCUUUUGUGUUCAUCUGCACGCCGGCGCCUCCCACACGGUGCUCAUGAUCAUGGCCUUCGACCGCUACGUGGCCAUCUGCAGCCCCCUGAGAUACGCCGCCGUCAUGACCGGCAGGACGGUGGCGACGCUGUCGGCGGCGGCGUGGGCGUCGGUCUUCUUCCUGGUGUUGAUCCUCGUGGGCCUGAGCGUCCGCCUGUCGCGCUGCAGGCGGGUUGUUCUCAACCCGUUCUGCGACAACGCCUCCUUGUUCAAGCUGUCCUGUGAAAGCGUCCUCGCCAACCACAUCUACGGCCUCGGCUACACGGCGGUGCUGCUGGGCUCCUCCCUCGGCAGCGUGGCGCUCACGUACCUGAAGAUCGCCAUCGUGUGCCUGAGCACCAAGAACAAGUCUUCCCACAGCAAAGCGCUGCAGACCUGCGCCUCCCACCUCGCCUCCUACGUCCUCCUGCUGGUGUCCGGGUUCCUCAUCGUGAUCCUGCACCGCUUCCCCCAGCUGGCGGGCCACAGGAAGGUGGCGUCCGUCAUGGGACACGUCGUGUUGCCGGCUCUGAACGCCGUCGUCUACGCGCUGCAAAUCAAAGAGGUCCGGCACAGAAUUAUGGUUUUGUUCCAUAGCAAUAAAGUAGCUUGA